ACUCAGUCAGUCAGUCACCCUUUGCCCACCCUCUCCACACCAGCUUCAGUAUCAGGGAGUGCUAGCACCCACACAGAUCACACUACUCCUCCUGACCCUUCUGCUUCUCACCUUUCCAAUUUCCCACACCGAGAAGAGAGGCACAACUUGAGGCAACCCCCUGAGGGGCCUUCAGGACAGGGCAGCCAUGUCUCAGUUCUCCACCAUGACAACCAGGGAGAGGAAAAUACAGGCAGCAGCGAUCUGCAGGGAAGUUCAAGGCUUGGAAGAUGUACAAAUGGAUCUUGGAAAGAAGAUGAGUGUGCCUAAAGACAUCAUGCUGGAAGAGCUGUCCUUUGCCUCCAACAGGGGCUCCCGGCUCUUCAAAAUGCGCCAAAGACGCUCAGAAAAAUACACUUUUGAGAAUAUUCAUAAUGAAACCAACACGCAACUUAAUAACAGAAUGGUUUCCGAGAAUGCGAAUGCCACAGGCUGCAACAACAGUGACAACAACUUGGGUGUUGACCAGCUACCUAAUGUGACAUCUAACUCACCAGAUACAAAAAUGGUGCCAGAUCCAGACAGCAUCGCCCCGGGAUAUGGUGGUCCUUUGAAAGACAUCCCUCCUGAGAAGUUCAACAGUACAGCUGUACCAAAGUCAUAUCACUCACCCUGGGAACAGGCCAUCAUCAAUGACCCAGCGCUGGCUGACACACUUAUCCUCCACAUGCCUGAUCUGGAGCCUCGGACAAACCUAUCAGGGUACAAAAGCUUCAACAGGGUGGCAACACCUUUUGGUGGUUUCAGCAAAGCACCAAGACCCGCGCCUAUCACGCCUCUCCAGGUGGAAACGCUCCCCGAGGUCCCGAUCCAGGAGGAGUGUGCUGUAAAUCGACCCUCGUUCAACAGAGCGGCCCUGGGGUGGGUUUCAUCGUGUGGCCCGGUCACAAAUGUUUCCCUCAAGCCCGCACUCGUCCCUGAGUCAGAAGACCUCUGAACCCAUGAAGAAGUCACACAGGGAUGGUGCUGGGAUGAGGUUGUGGGUGACAUUUCUUUCAGAGCACAGUGAGUGUUAGGUUCAGUUAGGCAUUGCAGGAAAACAAAUAUAACCCUGUACAGUAUAAACAAAUAUUUCUUCUUGAAUAUAAAAAUAAUGUACUCAAGUGUGUUUGACCUUGCAGUAGCAAAGUUUGUGCCUAAUAAAUUGGUGCAGAACAAAAACAAACUUGUGUUUAUUUUUUUCGUUAUGUUAAGCCCCAUUAAAAUGUGAACACGUGCUCAUGUGAACAGUUUCAUAACCUUGUUUGCAAGACCGAGCUGCCCUGGUGGCUCACUUGAGUGUGUUAUCCGUUUGCUUUUCCUUGCAAACUUACUGCACAUUAUUUUUGUCUUGGAGGUCAAAGAUACACGUGAGCCACUGCUGAAGCCUCAAGGUUUAACUGCUUGACAAAUCCAAUCUGCUUCCCUGACAUUCACAUCUUGACUGAUGUGUCUCACCUUUCAGCUGCGCCCAAGCACAGGGUUCAUGAGAGAUCAGCUCCAUUAGCUGUGCCUUUCUGUUUGCAAUUCUACCUUUUUUAUAGCAGAACUGAAUCAUGCAAACAAGCUUGUGUAAAGGUACGAAUGUAGCUUAGAAAGGCUUGGAUUUAAAAGUUAUACUUUUGUUUAAUUGUGAGUACACAGUAAACUGGGAUUCAGCUAUAAUAAUUAAGUUUGUUUGGUAUUCUUUGCAGACACCUUGAAUUAGGAAUGGGUUCUUUUUCCAAGGCCUUUGUCUCUAACCCAAGGGACUCUGGUUUCACUGCACAUGUACCUUUUUGCACACUUAUCUAAAUCUUAUCAGGCAUCGCCCAAUCUCUGUAAUCCUCUUCCCAUCCAUUUCUCUGUGCUCCCUGCCCAUCUGCCCACCAUGGGUUCUUGGGCACUCUGCUGCUCACUUCUUGAAAUCUCUACUGACAUCUGAACGACUUACUCUCUUCCAUUCUUUGUCACGACUCAGAACCCAUAUUUUAAAAAAACUGCUUUCUCUUUAUAACUCUGUUAGCCAUUCUUUAUAGUUCUAUUAAUUAGAUGCUUUGCUCAUUGUUAUUACCUGAUUUGUUGCUGUAAUUUAAUUUUGUUUUUAUUGUAGGGGUGACCUAGAGUGGCAUGAAAGACAUCCAUAAAUAAAAUGUAUUAUUAUUUUA